AACAACAUCUUAGCAAGUUCCGUUCCGUUACGUCGUGUUGUGUUUGGAUCAAAAGGGUAUAUUUACACACGCCUCAUUGAGGGCGGGCACAGCUUCAGGUCAUACAAGUUCGCCAUUCGUCCUGUGCAGCUGUCGUGUUUAGAGUUUGUCUUCUGCACCGAAUUUGAAUAUAUAAAGUACACUUGGACCACUGACGUCACUCGGGGGUUGUUCUUCAGAACUGCAGAAUGUGGGGCAUUUGUAGCAGAAUGGUAAAGGUGGGGAUGGCGAAACCCUGUGGUGUGGUCAAACCCUGCUACUUGGUGAAGCCUGUAUCAUCAUCCCGCAUCACUGGGAGAUACCUCAGCCACCAGAAGGGCUUGCCCAGUCUGCCUGUGCCGCCUCUGCAGCAGACCUGUGAGCGCUACAUAACCGCCCUGGAGCCCAUCGUGGAAGUAGACGAGCUGACGCACACAAAGGAGCUGCUGGAUGAUUUCCAGAAACCAGGAGGAGUUGGAGAAAGGCUCCAGAGAGGUCUGGAGAGGAGAGCGUGCAACACGGAGAACUGGUUGUCUGAAUGGUGGGUGCAGGUGGCUUACCUUGACUACCGUCUGCCUGUGGUGGUCCAUUCAAGUCCAGGCUUGGUUUUACCUUGCAUGCACUUCAGUGACAAGCAGGGACAAAUCAGGUUUGCUGCCAAACUGAUUGCAGGUGUUUUGGAUUUCAAGACAAUGAUAGACAAUGAGACCAUACCAGUGGAGUACCUGGGAGGGAAGCCCCUGUGUAUGAAUCAGUACUAUGAAGUACUGUCAUCUUGCCGCAUCCCUGGUGUAAAAAGAGAUGCUGUUGUGAACCAUGCCAAGAGCUCCCGACCACCUCAACAUAUCACCGUUGUACAUAAUUUUCAGUUCUUCAUGCUGGAUGUAUACAACAGUGAUGGGACUCCACUGACAGCUGACCAGCUGUGUGUUCAGUUGGAUCGGAUCUGCAGCUCGUCACUACAGGCCAACACGGAGCCUGUGGGCAUACUUACCACCCAGCAUCGUGACGCAUGGGGCAAGACCUACAUUAACCUCAUCAAGGAUCGGACCAACAAAGAAUCUGUGUCGGCUAUCCAAAGGAGCAUCUUCACGGUGUGUUUGGAUGGGCCCAUGCCUCAAGUACCAACCAAUGCACAUCGGAGCCGUGCAGCUGUGCAGAUGUUGCACGGAGGAGGGAGCCUGUGGAACAGUGGCAACCGCUGGUUUGACAAGACACUGCAGUUUAUUGUUGGAGAAGAUGGGACCUGCGGUGCCAACUAUGAGCAUGCCCCAGCUGAGGGUCCUCCCAUUGUGGCGCUGAUUGACCAUGUGGUGGAAUACACGAGGAAGCCAGACACGGUUCCCACUGCCAUGGCGCCUUUGCCUAUGCCCAAAAAACUACAUUUCAACAUCACACCUGAGCUCAAGAAGGACAUAGAAGAGGCCAAAAAGGGCAUGAAUGUAUUGGCUGAAGACCUGGAUAUGAGGGUUAUUGUGUUCGAGCACUUUGGAAAAAAUGUACCAAAGGCCCACAAGAUGAGCCCAGAUGCGUUCAUACAGGUGGCACUACAGCUGGCUUACUACAGGCCAAGAAAAGGGCUGUUUUCAUAUCUUCUCUACAGGAUGUAUCAGCAGUGUUGCGCAACAUAUGAGAGCGCCUCCCUACGUAUGUUCCGGCUGGGUCGUACCGACACGAUCCGAUCAGCCUCGGGUGCAGCCGCUGCCUUUGUGAAGGCCUUCGAUGACCCCAACAAACAGAACACAGAGAAAGUGGAUCUCAUGGAGAAAGCUGUGAAAGCACAUAAGGCAUAUACAAACUUGGCAAUCAGUGGUCAGGCCAUUGACCGACAUCUGCUGGGUCUGAAGAUGCAGGCUGCUGAGGAGAAGAUUUCCAUUCCUAAAGUCUUCAAAGACACAUCCUUCGCCAAAGCCUUGCACUACCGCUUAUCAACCAGUCAGGUACCAUCCAAGACCGACUGCGUCAUGUGUUUCGGCCCGGUCGUACCCGACGGAUACGGCGUGUGUUACAAUCCAAUGAACCAACACAUAAACUUUGCGGUGUCUUCUUUCAAUACGUGUAAAGAAACAAACGCUGCAGAUCUGGCCCAUGCUGUGGAAAAUGCACUGUUGGACAUGAGGACGCUGCUGGAGCAAACGCCGCCGAGAGCCAAACUAUGACGUGUGUUCCAGACCGGGAUGACGCAAAAUGACUUGUGUGAUUUCGGUGACACGUGAAGUCAUAAACUCGUAUGUUGAUCGAGAACUUCAAAUAAUGAUGCGAUACCUUUUAUGUUGUGACUGAGAUGCACAAGAAGGUACAAAUCCAUCAAUGAAUCAUUUAUCUAGUGUUUAAUGUGUUGGUCUCUAAUGAAAUGUUUACUUUGGUAAAACCAAUCUACAGUAGAUCUCCUGCAUAUUCGUGAUCCAACAUUAAAGACCUCGCAAAUUGGCGAGUUUUUAUUUGUGGGAAAACCCACCCGUGUGCUGAUAAUCGCUAUAAUUACUGUUUAUUGAUCUAAACCCCAUCUCAUUUGCCCUAAUAUUUACACCCUUACUCGCAUAGCACAAACCAUUAAACGCUUACACACUAAUACACAUGCAAGACAAUGCUAUUUCAUAACCGGCAAGGCAUGCAGGGAAGCCCAGGCAUAACAGGAAGUUACCCAGUAUACCUUGGGGGCUAGACAUGAGUAUAAAAUGACAUUGAUUUGAAUGUAAAUUAGUGUGUAAGUGUCUGUUUGGAUACCCGCAUAGUCCAUGUGUGCAGUUACAUUGUGGUCCACGUUACUUGUUAUUUUUAAUUGCACCGUGAGUCAGGGAGGCAUUUGGUGUGAUGGCCUCCUGUUGGUUUGUGUUAGACAUUUUAUGGGCGUCUUCUAAUUCGUGAGAACGCAACCCCUGCGGAUCUACUGUACAAGCACAUGAACCCGAUGCACAGGUCAUGGUAAAAAGGACAAAAGUGAUCACAAAAUAAGUCUUGACACCAAUAAGUGCCACAUAGAAAACUAUUCAUUUAAAAAAAAAAUAAGACAAUCUUAUGUCCCCAAAUCCUUUUCCAAAUGAAUGAAAUAGCUGUUAUAGCUGUAAAAGUACGUUAUAUCAAUAUAAUUAUUGAUUUGCUGUGCUGCCUUAAGCUUUUUAGUCACCCCCCAUUGUAAAUGCAUUGCAUGUACAGUGUGUUGCUCUGUCAUGAUCAGAACGUGACUGCUACCCGUCAUGAAGAACACGCAGGCUCGACUCCGGGCCAGUAGGGGUGUAACGGUACACGUUUUUUAAUGUCACGGUUCGGUUCAUUUCGAGUAGAGUAAAGGAGCAAAUGCACACCAGAUUUUAAACGUUAAUGUGUGUCAAAGAUUUUUAAAAUGAAGCAUAAAAAUCUGCAAACAGCGAGCAGGUAAUUCUCCAAUACAGUGAUUCUCAACUGGUGGGAGUCGUUUUCAGUGGGUCGGGUGGUCUCUGUAAUCACCUGAUGUCUGUGAACGCACCUUGUGUCUGCUUUUCGCUUGCUACACCACCACGAGGUGCCUGCCAUGUUUACGGGCGACUUGGUCAAGCUUGAGCGUGAGGGGAAAGACAUUGAGUGAUGGCUAGAUAGCUAGAUGUCUACUGGAGAAGAGCACGGCAUAAAGUGAAAGCUAUUCCGCACACAAUGAAGACUACCAGGUACAUUAUGAUGGUACUGUUUAAUUCUCAAUUCGAUCUGUUGGCCCAGGCAGGGGGUGGUCUACAGAAAAAAUGAUUAUGAAACUUGCCUAGUGUUGAAUCAGAGUAACUGGACUCGCUUGAUUUUUUUACUUCUCGUUUCACUUCUCAUCCAGCCCCAUGUGCAAAUGCUCUGAUUCAACUCCCCUGAUAUAACAUGGACUAAAAACCUUUACACACACUUUUUGCUCAAAUAAUUUUUGAAUUUGCAGAGAAAAACAUUGUUGCUGAACUGAUCAUGAAACUGAUUUUGCGCUGGCACGCCGUGUUAUUUUGCCCUACCUCAAAUUCAAACUGCACUGUCUUUUUAUGAAAGCUCUGUUGGCAACCGGCUCAAAAUGACACCGCCAGCGCUUAACAAAGGCUCCUCCGCCGCACAUGUGUUACCUGGGGCGCAGCUUACAUGUUUGGAGCAGGAAGGUGGGGGAUAUAAUACUUAUAACGCCUUCAAAAGGUAGCGCCCUCUAGGCAGCCCUGGAACCGUCUUUUUACAUUUAAAAUAAAAAAUAAAUGUAUUUUUUGAAAUCCAUCCAUCUUCUAUGCCGCUUAUCCUCACUAAGGUCGCGGGUAUGCUGGAGUCCCAGCUGACUUUGGGCGAGAGGUGGGGUACACUCUGGACUGGUCGCCAGCCAAUCGCAGGGCACGUAUAGACAAACAACUAUUCACAUUCAUACCUAUGGACAAUUUAUAAGAGUCGCCAAUUAACCUAACAUGCUUAUUUUUGGAAUGUGGGAGGAAACCGGAGUACCCGGAGAAAACCCACACAUGCACGGGGAGAACAUGCAAACUCCACACAGAGAUGCCCAAUGGAGAUUGGAACCCAGGUCUUCCCCAUCUCCUGACUGUGUGCCAACAUGCUAACCACUAGAGAAACCACUAGAAAAUUUUAUGUUAAAAAAUGUCCGCAAUUUGGGUUGCCGCUUGUCAUUGAAGGGUGAUUGUGGGUCCCGCAGCCAGACCAGUUGAGAACCACUGCUCCAAUAAAUACAAUUCUCAAAAUUAAAAAUAAUUAAAAACAAAGAAUUUCCAGUAUUAUGUAAUCAUUUACAGUGUUUCUAUUUUUAAAAAAAGUAAAAGUACAACAAUGUAGACUUGUCUAGAGCUGCAACAAUUUAUCUAAUACUAUUUUGGUAUUUGAUGAAAAAAAUGUUUUAUUGAGCCGUCACUUUUAUUGCAAAUACUGAUCCCAAAUCAGAGAACGUCAACAUCAAGCAAGAGACGUAACCCCCGCGAUAAGCCGGGAUCUACUGUACACCCAUGACGUGACGAACAUUUCCUGCCCCUGAAAUCUGUUCACUUCUGUACCGAAGCAUCAGAUUAUGAAUCUGUGUACCGUAGCACCUCUAUGAUAUGUGUGUUGCUUGACUUAAUGUAUGUGACUACGCGUACACAUUGCAAAGAAGAAUAGAAGAGUUUGUUCUGAGUAAUACAAAAUAAUAUGAAGCCCAAUAAAGCAUGAAGAUGUAACUAGGCCUGUCACGAUAAAUAUAUAUAUAUAUAUAUCAAUUUAUGGAACGAUUAAAACAAAAAGCAGGUAGAUAAUUAUGAUCCUUCGAUAAGUUGUCAUUUCCGUGUAUGCGCGUCUGCUCCAUCUGUUAGUCUCUCUGUGGUACACAGGCUGGAUGACAAGAAGGUUCACUCUGCAUGUGUCUGCGUGCAUUGGCCCAAUAUGAAAUUAGCGCAGAAGAGAGUGAGCAUCUUCUCAGCUUUUAAGCCUCUUUGUCCCAGUAGUGGAGGCGGGGGCUAUGUACACAGAGUGCGAGCAGUUAGCUAGCAGACGUGAUUCUGAAUGAAGGCACAAAAGUAAUCGUUUCCAAACCGAAUGCCGCAGUUCCAGUGUGGAUGUGAAGCAAAGCCUUCUUCCCGACAGUCAACGCUUAGUGAGGCGUUUGAUCGGCGGAGUAAAUAUUAAAUGAAACAUCGCAGAAUGGUGUGUGUUCAGUGUCGUUCGGUACAUUGCAAAACAAAUGCAAGCUUUCAAUACGCUUGAAAAGCCAACAGUAGGAAUUGCCUGGGAGAUAUCAGCAACAUUGCAUUUUAGCUCAGCCUUUUGUGUUAUUAUCCACCUAUUGCAUUGCUGUGUGUAGUUCUUUUGACACCAUGAGUAGGAUUGGUCUGUGAAGUGGUGACGUCCCGCGAUUCGUGAGUGUUCAAGUAGGUGGCUUUUGUGCGUCAGGUGCACGAUGUUUGAGUGCCAUCUAGUGGCGCAAAUGUGACAUGACCAGUCAGUGAAUGACAAUAAACCAAAUGAUAAAUUGGUUGUUUUUGUUUUUUUUAAAAAAGGUGGAAAUUAUCGAUUAUCGUCGAUAAAUUUUAGCACAAUUAUCGACCAUGUUAUCGUGACAUGCCUAGAUAUAACCCUAUAGGAUGUCACAUUUGACAUGCGCUGAAAAUGCAACACUUUCUGCAAGUAUAGCUGCCAUCUCCCUGUGUGCACCUGUUUUUUUGGUUUUUUAAUGUAUUACUCUGUUCCUUAAGACUCAUUAAUACCGUGCCUUCACUUACGUCACUUUGGCCAAUGAGACAUGGGUGUUUUUGUUUUUUUAACAGGACUGGGGCUCUAAAGUGCUUGUAAUAAAAAUGUAAUAAAAAUAGCAUUUGUCAUUUGCAGAAGUCUCCUCCUUCCAUUGUGUACAUGUUGCAACUAAACAUGGUGGGUCUCUUUCAGUUCCUUGUUAUGGUGUACCCGAGAAUGAAGAAAUCCUUCACUUUCGUUUGACUUCCACUUUCAGAGCUGACCACGCGUGACCAUAUACAAAGAAAACCACGUACCUCAAAGCAGGCCAGAGAGCCAUUUGUGGCUAAAAGAAAAAGGAUGUAGGGCCAAAGAGAAAAAAUGUACAAUAAUCCCUCGUAUGUCGCGGAUAGACCCAACCACGAUAAGUACAUUUCCGCCAAGUAGGAUUACCGAUUUAUAAAUGGAAUAUUUUAAUAGUGAGAGCCUGGAAAACCUGUGUACAACUUUCUAACUACAGUUUUUAUUUUAUUAGAGCCCUCUAGACAUGAAAUAACACACCUAUCGUUACCUU